AUGAGUGAGAGCGAUAAGCCCCAGCAGCAGCAGCAGCAACAGGGACACCAGCAGCAGAAAAAGAAGUUUGAGGGUCCCAAGAGAGAGGCUAUUCUUGAUCUAGCUAAAUAUAAAGAUACCAAGGUUAGAGUCAAAGUGAUGGGUGGACGCCUGGUUAUUGGGAUAUUAAAAGGUUAUGAUGAGUUGAUGAACUUGGUAUUGGAUGAGACUGUCGAAUAUUUAAGAGAUGAAGACGAUUCUUCGGUUAUAUUGGAAGGCAAAACUAGAAAUUUGGGAUUGAUCGUAAUCAGAGGAACUAUUUUACUGUCUCUAUCUCCAGUUGCAGGUGGUGAUCUCAUUGCAGGACCGGCCAGCAAUUGA